AUGUUUAACUGGGCCGAGGAGUGGCACAUGUCUUUUGCAGGAUGUGGGUUUAGGAGCAUCUAUUACGUUGGAGCUCUGAGUUGUAUCCUGGAGCGGGUCCCACGGCUGGUUCAAGGUGCUUCUACAUUCGGUGGAGCUUCUUCUGGGUGUCUCGUGGCAGCAGCUAUGGCUGUAGGGAUUCCCAUUGAAAAGCUCUGUUUUAUGAUUAUGAUCACCGCUAAAGAAGCUAGGAAACACACUCUGGGAGUUUUCCACCCCACCUUCAGUCUGCUGAGGGUGGUGCAGCGCUCCCUGCUGGAGAUGCUCCCUGAAGAUGCCCACCUUCAGGCCACAGGAAGGCUCUGUGUGUCCCUCACCCAACUCUCUGAUGGAAAAAACAUUUUGGUGUCAGAGUUUGCUUCCAGAGAGGAGCUCAUUCAGGUUCUUGUUUGCAGCUGCUUUUUCCCAGUCUACUGUGGUUUCAGCCCACCUUCAUACCGUGGAAUGCGCUACAUGGACGGAGCCCUGAGCAACAACAUGCCUCUGUUUGAGCACAGGAACACCAUCACUCUGGCCCCGUUCUCAGGCGAGAGCGACAUCUGCCCCACAGAGGGAACGUUCAACUUUUUUGAAGCCCACUAUGGCAACGUAAGCAUUCAGGCCAACACUGGAAACGUCCAUCGUGUCUGUACAGCUUUCCUACCUCCCAGACUGGAGACGCUGGCUGAAAUCUGCCACAACGGUUACAUGGAUGCUCUUCACUUCCUGAAAGAAAGAGAUCUGCUUGCUGCCGAGUGUAAUCCUUGCCAUGUAGUGCUGAGCCACAAGUUUCCUUGUUGUGAGCCUGAAAAAGACUUGGCUGAAACAGAAAAUUGGAAGCGGACAAAUACGCUGUUGAAUAUUGGAGGAAAACCUCAAGAACAUCAGUGGCUGGACCAAAGAAUCACGGGAAACCUCCCAAUGGGUAUAAAGAAAGUGCUGUGUGGGGUAUGCAGGAGUAGUUAUGAUGCUGGCAGCUGGUGGUCUUCGUUCACUAACAUCCUUCCAGUUAUGCUACAAACCCUCCUCCUCCUUCCCUUUAACGUUAGCCUACUUCUCUUUAAAAGGCUGAGGAAUGAACUGCAAACUGUCAACAGUCACAGCAGACCUGUGCAGGCACACACAAAGAGCCACAAGCAGUGACACGAACAGUCUCCAAUACACUGUGGCUGCACAUUUCCCUGACAAAAGUGACCUCACUGGAGGAGACAGAAACACUAAACUACUCAACAAU